GGCACUGCCGGGUUUGAGAGUAGCCAAACCUACCCACCGUUUUUAUAUCCCUGAUUGUCUGUGUUUUGCUCCCGUCUCCGACCAGAGAGGCGGCGAUGGUGGCGUCUGCGACGGGAAACAGCGCGUCGGAGCGAGAGAGCGCUGCGCCUGCCGCCGCCCCAGUAGCAGAGGCGCCGCCGCCAUCGGUCGUCACGAGACCGGAGCCGCAGGCCCUCCAGAGCGCGGCCAUCCGUGCCCCGCUCCCAGAUCUCUAUCCGUUUGGGACCAUGCGCGGAGGCGGCUUUGAGGACCGGGACCGGGAUUGUGACCGUGGAGGAUUUGGAGCAAGAGGUGGUGGUGGCCUUCCUCCCAAGAAAUUUGGUAAUCCUGGGGAGCGUUUACGUAAAAAGAAAUGGGAUUUGAGUGAGCUCCCCAAGUUUGAGAAGAAUUUUUAUGUGGAACAUCCAGAAGUAACAAGGCUGACUCCAUAUGAAGUUGAUGAACUACGCUGAAAGAAAGAGGUAACAGUGAGAGGAGGAGAUGUUUGUCCUAAACCAGUGUUUGCCUUCCAUCAUGCUAACUUCCCACAAUAUGUAAUGGAUGUGUUGAUGGAUUAGCACUUUACAGAACCAACUCCAAUUCAGUGCCAGGGAUUUCCAUUGGCUCUUAGUGGCCGGGAUAUGGUGGGCAUUGCUCAGACUGGCUCUGGGAAGACAUUGGCAUAUUUGCUGCCUGCAAUUGUUCAUAUUAACCACCAGCCAUAUUUGGAAAGAGGAGAUGGCCCAAUUUGUCUAGCUCUGGCUCCAACCAGAGAGCUUGCCCAGCAAGUACAGCAGGUGGCUGAUGACUAUGGAAAAUGUUCUGGAUUGAAGAGUACUUGCAUUUAUGGAGGUGAUCCUAAAGGUCCCCAGAUUCGAGAUUUAGAGAGAGGUGUUGAGAUCUGCAUAGCUAAUCCUGGACGCCUGAUAGAUUUCCUGGAGUCGGGAAAGACAGAUCUUCGCCAAUGUACUUACCUUGUACUGGAUGAGGCUGAUAGAAUGCUUGAAAUGGGUUUCAAACCCCAGAUUCGUAAAAUUGUUGACCAAAUCAGGCCUGAUAGGCAGACAUUGAUGUGGAGUGCAACCUGGCCAAAAGAAGUAAGACAGCUUGCGGAGGAUUUCCUUCGUGAUUACACCCAGAUCAACGUGGGCAAUCUGGUGAGUGCCAACCACAACAUCCUCCAGAUUGUGGAUGUCUGCAUGGAAAGUGAAAAAGACCACAAAUUGAUCCAACUGAUGGAGGAAAUAAUGGCUGAAAAGGAAAAUAAGACAAUAAUAUUUGUGGAAACAAAGAGACGCUGUGAUGACCUGACUCGAAGGAUGCGCAGAGAUGGUUGGCCAGCUAUGUGUAUCCAUGGAGACAAGAGUCAACCAGAAAGAGAUUGGGUACUUAAUGAGUUCCGCUCUGGGAAGGCUCCAAUCCUCAUUGCCACAGAUGUAGCCUCCCGUGGGCUAGAUGUGGAAGAUGUCAAGUUUGUGAUCAACUAUGACUAUCCAAACAGCUCAGAGGAUUAUGUGCACCGUAUUGGCCGAACAGACUGUAGCACCAACAAGGGCACCGCCUAUACCUUCUUCACCCCAGGGAACCUCAAGCAGGCUAGAGAGCUGAUCAAAGUGCUGGAGGAAGCUAAUCAGGCUAUCAAUCCCAAACUAAUGCAGCUGGUAGACCACAGAGGUGGCGGUGGAAGAGGGGGAGGUCGUUCUCGGUACCAGACCACUUCUUCAGCCAACAAUCCUAAUCUGAUGUAUCAAGAUGAGUGUGACCGGAGGCUUCGAGGAGUUAAGGACGGUGGCCGGAGAGACUCCACAAGCUAUCGGGAUCGUGGUGAAACCGAUAGAGCUGGUUAUGCUAAUGGCAGUGGCUAUGGAAGUCCAAAUUCCGCCUUUGGAGCACAAGCAGGCCAAUACACCUAUGGUCAAGGCACCUAUGGGGCAGCUGCUUAUGGCACCAGUGGUUAUACAGCCCAAGAAUAUGGUGCUGGCACUUAUGGAGCUAGUAGCACCACCUCAACCGGGAGAAGUUCACAGAGCUCUAGCCAGCAGUUUAGUGUGAUAGGCCAGUCUGGGCAGCAGCCACAGCCAUUAAUGUCACAACAGUUUGCCCAGCCUCCAGGAGCUACCAAUAUGAUAGGUUACAUGGGGCAGACUGCCUACCAAUACCCUCCUCCUCCCCCUCCCCCUCCUCCUUCACGUAAGUGAAACCACUCAAGUGGUAGUGACUCCUGCAGACUUAAUUACAUUUUAAGGAACACUGUCUUUACCCUUUUUCCCUUUCUUCCCCUUUUCUUUUUCUUUUUUAUUUCCCCAACCAUUGUGAUUUGUCUUUUCACGCAGAUUAGUUAGAAUUCACUGCCAGGUUUCUUCUGCCCACCAAAAUGAUCCAGUCUGUAAUAACAGAUUUUGUAAAAAAGAAAAAAAAUAUAUAUAUAUAUAUCUGACUGGAAGAGAUUAAUUUCUUCCCCCAACUUCUUGCAUGUUGAGGAUAUUUGAGCUAUUUUUCAUCUUAAAAGAAAGAAUAAGGUAUUAGGUCCUUUUCUGGGAGCCCAGUUUUUGUUGUCCUGAAUUACGGGGUGGAGGGAGGGCUGAAGUUUUCUGCAGCAGAAGAUGGCAUCUGUGCUUUAAAUGAUUCUCCUUACUGGGUUAAAAAACCAGGAGCGAUAUCCUGCACAUUUUCCAUAAUGCUUUCUUAUGUUUGUCAAGUUGGAACAGGGUUCCUCAGGCCCAGUGAGUUUUUAAGAUAGUUGUUUGCUAUUGUUAUUUUGGCUGAUUGCUUGCUAAGUGGAUUUGACACUUAAAACUUAUUAAUUGGUUUUAUCUCCCUUAUACUCUGCCUUCCCCCUUCUCCCCUUCAGUUUACUGAGAAAUAACCAUUUUAAUGUCAGGUUAGAAAUGAAUUGCUGAGUGUCAGUGUAUCUUUCUAAUUAAAAACCACAAGUGUUUAUUGCAGUGGUUAAACUAUAGCAUCUCAGCAUCCUAGCGGGAAACUGCCUGUUUUUCUUUCUGAUAUAACCAGGGACCAUCUGAAAUUCAUUUUCCAGCCAGACAGCUGCUGUAAGCAAAUGAACAUAAGUUCUCACUGGAAAUUUACUUUAUUAACCAGUUAAGUCUAUGCAUUCACCUAUAGUGUAAAAAGCACCUUUGAUUAUAAACUGAAUAUACUCAAAAUGGGCUAAUUUUCUUUUUAAACUCAGUAUGUAUAGAGCUAGAAUAAAAGCAACUUCGCCAGCUACUCUGACUUUUGGCAAAGUUAUCUUGAACAAACAAUCCCUUAAGAAUCUUAAGGGUUUGUUAAGAACUCUUACUCUCUUCAUACCCUGUUCUCUGCAGUGCUUUUAAACAACUUCUGGGUGCAAAUUUUCUUCGGCAUCCUUUGCACUCAGCUUUUUACAGGUAGGUGUAGUGCUUACAAGUUAUGGAGGACUAAAGCUUAAGCCAUUGUUAACUUUUCCUCCAUCUAAAGGUAGGUGAGUUUGUCCUAUUUAUAGUAAUGCUGUUUUAUGGAGACUUUGUAUAAGAGAUGGGUUCUGUUCUUGUGUUCACCGUAACAGGAUAGAGAGAGCAGACAG